AUGUGGACAGCAUGGUGUGUGGCUGCCCUGUUUGUGACUGCUGUGGGUGGCAUCCGCCAGGAGACAAACACAGUCCUCAGGGUCACCAAAGACGUGCUGAGCAAUGCCAUCUCCGGCACCCUGGAGCAGAGUGACGCUCUCCGCUCGGCCCUGAGGGAGGUGCCCAUGGGUGUCGGUGGUGUCCCUUACAAUGACUUCCAUGUCCGAGAGCCUCCCCCCAAGUACACCAAUGGCAGACAGCUUGGUGGCAAUUACAAAUACGGGCACAUUGACACCAACGACAACACUGCCCAGCUGGGGGGCAAGUACCGCUACGGAGAGAUCCUGGAGCCCGACGGCAGCAUCCGAGACCUCCGCAGCGGCGACGAUCGCGGCAGAUACCGUUCGGUGGAAGGUGCAGCCAUCGGGGACAACCGGCAUCACCGUCACCGGCGAGAGCUGCGGCCUGGGGAGAUCCCAGCUGGGGUGGCCACCGGGGCCCUGGGCCCUGGGGGCCUGCUGGGCUCGGGGGGCAUGCUGGCCAACGAAGGCAUCCUGUCGGGCCAAGGAGGCCUGCUGGGCGGAGGCGGUCUCCUCGGUGACGGAGGACUUCUUGGAGGAGGCGGCGUCCUGGGUGUGCUCGGCGAGGGCGGGAUUCUCAGCACCGUGCAAGGCAUCACCGGGCUGCGCAUUGUGGAGCUGACCCUCCCGCGGGUGUCCGUGAGGCUGCUGCCCGGGGUGGGCGUCUACCUGAGCCUGUACACCCGCGUGGCCAUCAACGGGAAGAGUCUCAUUGGAUUCCUGGACAUCGCAGUGGAGGUGAACAUCACGGCCAAGGUCCGGCUGACCAUGGACCGCACAGGCUAUCCGCGGCUGGUCAUCGAGCGCUGUGACACCCUGCUGGGGGGCAUCAAAGUCAAGCUACUGCGGGGGCUUCUUCCCAACCUCGUGGACAACUUAGUGAACCGGGUCCUGGCCAACGUCCUCCCCGACUUGCUCUGUCCCAUCGUGGACGUGGUCCUGGGUCUCGUCAACGACCAGCUGGGGCUCGUGGACUCUCUGGUCCCGCUGGGGAUCCUGGGGAGCGUCCAGUACACCUUCUCCAGCCUGCCCCUGGUCACCGGGGAGUUCCUGGAACUCGACCUCAACACUCUGGUGGGCGAGGCCGGCGGAGAGCUCAUCGACUACCCGCUGGGGCGGCCGGCUGUGUCUCCCAGGCAGAGGAUGCCCGAGUUGCCGCCCAUGGGCGACAACACCAACUCGCAGCUGGCCAUCUCUGCCAACUUCCUGGGCUCCGUGCUCACUCUGCUGCAGAAGCAGGGGGCGCUGGACGUCGACAUCACCGACGGCAUGUUUGAAGAGCUUCCUCCGCUCACCACGUCCACACUGGGAGCCCUGAUUCCCAAGGUGUUCCAGCAGUACCCCGAGUCCCGGCCGCUCACCAUCAGGAUCCAGGUGCCCAACCCUCCCACGGUGACGCUGCAGAAGGACAAGGCGCUGGUGCAGGUGUUCGCCACCUCUGAGGUCGUGGUGUCCCAGCCCAAUGACGUAGAGACCACCAUCUGCCUCAUCGACGUGGACACCGACCUCUUGGCCUCAUUUUCUGUGGAAGGGGAUAAGCUCAUGAUCGAUGCCAAGCUGGACAAGACCAACCUCAACCUCCGGACCUCGAAUGUGGGCAACUUUGACGUGGGCCUCAUGGAAGUGCUGGUUGGGAAGAUCUUCGACCUGGCCUUCAUGCCCGCAAUGAACGCCGUGCUGGGUUCCGGGGUCCCUCUCCCCAAAAUCCUCAACAUCGACUUCAGCAACGCAGACAUCGACGUCUUGGAGGACCUUCUGGUGCUCAGCGCUUGAGUGACAGAGGCAGAGACGUUGUUGGAAGAAGCCAGAACCAGCCCUGGAGAGGACUGGCCUGGACACGGUCCCUGGCCCUGAAGCCCUGAGGCCUCCACAGCAGGCCCCUCCCAGCCUCCAAUCCUCUUCUCCACCUGCCUCCACCUGACAGAAAGGAUCCAGCCACUGUCCCGUUAGUAAACUGUACCAUGCAGUCCCCGGGCUCUGCAGGGGAGGAGGUGGCCCUGAGGACUGGGCCUCAGGCCGGAUCUGACUCCAGGAGUUAUCUUGGCUUUCAAUAAAACAUUCCCUU